AUGGCGGCUGCUGCGGCUGCCACUCGUUCACUGCAUUCCUUCCUUGCGCUUCUUCUCCUGUUGCCUCUCGUGUUGCCUGCGGCUGCGGCUGCAGCGUCGUCAUCGUACGGAACCAAGUCCAUAGAUCCUGGACUCAUCGUGAUGACGCUGCCGGAGCCGGUGUCCGGGCCGGAGAGUCUCGCCUUCGACGGGCGCGGCGGCGGGCCAUACUCCGGCGUCUCCGACGGCCGCAUCCUCCGGUGGCAAGGUCGCCUCCGGGGAUGGACCGAGUUCGCCUACAACUCCAAGCACAGGAGCGUGGCGGUGUGCGCGCCGGACAAGAAGCUGGUAGUGCCGGAGAGCCUGUGCGGGCGCCCGCUGGGCAUGCAGUUCCACCGGCAGUCCGGCGACCUUUACAUCGCCGACGCCUACCUGGGGCUGCUCAGGGUUGGCGCGCGCGGCGGCCUCGCGGAGGUCGUGGCGACGGAGGCCGGCGGCGAGCUGUUCAACUUCCUCAACGGGCUCGACGUUGACCAGCGGACCGGCGACGUCUACUUUACUGACAGCAGCACCACGUACAGCAGGAGCGACUACCUGCUGCUGGUGGCCCUGGGCGACGAGACGGGCCGCCUGCUGCGCUACGACCGCCGGACCCGCCGAGUCGCCGUGCUCCAGGCGGGCCUCUCCUACCCGAACGGCGUGGCGGUGAGCGCCGACGGCACGCACGUGGUGGUGGCACACACGGCGCUGGGCGAGCUGCGGAGGUACUGGGUCCGUGGCGCCUGGGCGGGCACGUCCGAGACCUUCGCGGAGCUGCCAGGGUACCCGGACAAUGUGCGCGCCGACGGCCACGGCGGCUACUGGGUGGCGCUGAGCAGGGACUUCGCAGUCGGCGAAGCGGCCACGGCGCCCACGGUCGCCGUCAGGGUCUCCCGCGAGGGCAACGUGACGGAGGCGCUGGACGGGUUCAGCUUCGUGUCCGUGAGCGAGGUGGCCGAGCGGGGUGGCGCGCUCUGGGUCGGGUCCGUCGACACGCCGUACGCCGGCGAGCUGAAGCGGCGCACCAGCUAG